AUGUCAUCUACGAGUAACAGUAGUCUUCUCAUCAUAGGUGCCGGGACAUGGGGCUGCUCCAUAGCUCUUGAGCUCGCACGUCGCGGCCACACAUCCAUCACUGUACUAGACGGCAGUCCCUUCCCCUCUCCCAUCUCCGCCGGCAACGAUAUCAACAAAAUCGCCGAAGAGGGAAAUGAGCCAUCAGCAUCUGACAGCGAUGAAGAGUAUUUCUGGAAUAAAGUGACCCAAAUCGCCAUGCACGCCUGGAAACACGAUCCCCUCUUCUCGCCACUAUAUCACGAAACCGGCUUCAUCAUGGCUGCGGUAAGCGAUGGAGCAUAUGCGCGUUGCCUAGAUUACGCAAAAGGCGAAAAGACGACACCUGUCGCACUAAAUACAAAACAAGACUUUCAGAAGACGAUGCCAGAAGGCGUGCUGCAAGGAGAAUUACCAGGCUGGAGGGGCUUUUGGAAAAAACAAGGCGCUGGAUGGGUAUUUGCAAGUGGUACAUUGAAAGCCAUGCACCAGGAAGCCGUUAACUUAGGCGUGCAUUUUGUGACGGGCACCGAGGGCAAGACUGAAGAAUUCUUGUACACUUCGAACAACACGAUACGUGGUGCGAAGACGGCCAACGGAGGCGAGUACACGGCCGAGCACAUCAUACUCUCAGCUGGUGCGAACAGCGAACGUUUGUUGGACUUCAAAAAGCAACUUCGACCCACAGCUUGGACACUGGCGCAUCUCCCCCUCUCCGCCGACGAAGCAGCGCGUUACCGAAAUUUACCUGUCUUGUACGGUGUGGAUCGAGGUUUCUUCAUUGAGCCAGACGUUGAAAAGCAUGAAAUAAAACUCUGCGACGAACAUCCUGGAUACAUCAACCCUGAAGUCAAUGACGGGGAGUUGCACUCGGUUCCAUUCUCGCGUGAGGAAAUACCCAGAGAAGCAGAAUUGCGCAUGCGCCGCCUCUUAUCAGAAACUAUGCCACAGUUUGCCGAGCGACCUUUCAGCUUUACGCGCAUAUGUUGGGAUGCAGACACCGUCGACCGCAUGUUUCUUCUUGACAAGCACCCAGAGGUAUCAAACUUGAUUGUAGCAGUUGGGGGUUCCGGCAACGGCUUUAUGGCGUGCCCUGCCAUUGGCAAACUCGUCGCUGAUGUGUUCGAGGCUAAGGUCGACGAAAGGCUGAGGAAAGUGAUGAGGUGGCGACCGGAGAUUGCGGUAGAGAGGGAUUGGUGGGAUGCGCAGGGUAGAUAUGGUGCCGAUGGGAAGGUCAUGGACUUUCGACAGGUGGAGGAGUGGACGACAGUUGGAAAGUAG